AUCGUAUCACUGUCAACUCUAACAUAGACUUUUGUACGGUUUUCUAUUGAUCUCGGAAACUGUAGUUUGUCACAAGCGUUUGUUCAUUGUAUAAAAUUUACUACGCCGAAAGCAGCAAAAUAGAAAUAUUACCAGUAUUAAGAGCACAGCCAACAUCAAAAGACAACAAUGAGCAUGGACGCUAGUAACUCGGUGGAGAGCCGCGAGAAGGAGCGCGACCGUCGUGGACGCGGAGCACGUGGCUCCCGUUUCACGGACGCUGAUGGCAAUGGAAACGGCGCUGGUAGUCAGGGAGGUGGCGUCGCUGCUCGCGACCGUAGCCGGGAACGUCGCAAUUGCCGGGUCUACAUUUCGAACAUUCCAUACGACUACCGUUGGCAGGAUCUGAAGGAUCUGUUCCGCCGCAUCGUCGGCUCCAUUGAGUACGUCCAGCUGUUCUUCGAUGAGAGCGGCAAGGCUCGCGGCUGUGGCAUCGUAGAGUUCAAGGAUCCGGAGAACGUACAGAAGGCCUUGGAGAAAAUGAACCGCUAUGAGGUGAAUGGCCGCGAACUGGUGGUCAAGGAGGAUCACGGCGAGCAGCGCGAUCAAUACGGACGCAUUGUGCGAGAUGGUGGUGGUGGUGGAGGCGGCGGUGGCGGCGUACAAGGAGGCAAUGGUGGCAACAAUGGAGGAGGUGGCGGCGGUGGCCGUGACCACAUGGAUGACCGCGAUCGGGGUUUCUCCCGGCGAGACGACGACAGACUAUCUGGGCGUAAUAAUUUUAACAUGAUGUCAAAUGAUUAUAAUAAUUCGUCGAAUUACAAUUUGUAUGGGCUUUCUGCUUCGUUUUUGGAGAGUCUUGGCAUAAGUGGACCUUUGCAUAAUAAGGUUUUUGUUGCUAAUCUGGACUACAAGGUCGACAACAAGAAGCUCAAGCAGGUCUUCAAGCUGGCCGGCAAGGUGCAGAGCGUAGACCUUUCACUGGACAAGGAGGGCAACAGCCGCGGUUUUGCUGUGAUCGAGUACGACCAUCCGGUGGAGGCUGUUCAGGCCAUUUCCAUGCUGGAUCGUCAGAUGCUAUUCGACCGUCGUAUGACCGUGCGCCUGGACCGAAUUCCGGAUAAGAAUGAAGGCAUAAAGCUGCCCGAGGGCUUGGGAGGUGUGGGCAUCGGCCUGGGACCCAACGGCGAGCCACUCAGGGACGUGGCUCACAACCUUCCCAAUGGUGGUCAGAGCCAGGGCCAGUUGCUUGGCAACGCUCAGCAGGGAUCUCAGCUGGGAUCGGUGGGUAGCCAACCAAACAGCAGCGCUGUUAGCAACGCCACGACAAACCUGCUUAACAACCUGACCGGCGUUAUGUUUGGCAAUCAUGCGGCAGUGCAGCCAUCGCCUGUAGCUCCGGUGCAAAAGCCUAGCCUAGGAAACAAUACCGGUUCCGGCGGAUUGAACCUAAACAAUCUGAAUCCCAGCAUUUUGGCUGCCGUGGUCGGCAAUCUUGGUAACCAGGGAGGGAAUUUAAGCAAUCCCUUGCUGUCCUCUUCGCUGAGCAACCUGGGUCUCAAUCUGGGCAACUCCGGCAAUGAUGACAACCUGCCGCCAAGCAAUGUGGGUCUUUCAAACAACUACAGCAGCGGCGGCACCGGUGGUGGCAAUAGCUAUAGCUCUGGAAACAACUACAGCGGCGGUGGCGGCUCCAGCAAUUUGGGAUACAAUGCUUACAGCAGCUCUGGUGGAAUGGGCGGCGGCAACGGAGGAGUUGGUGUUGAUGGCAACGAUUACAACACUGGCAAUCCAUUGGAUGUCUAUGGCGGCGGCAGCAACGUGGGCAAUUCCAACGUUGGCUCGGCCAAUGCUGUCGGUGCUUCUCGAAAGUCGGACACGAUCAUUAUCAAGAACGUUCCAAUAACCUGCACUUGGCAAACACUGCGCGACAAGUUCCGAGAGAUCGGGGACGUUAAGUUUGCGGAAAUCCGUGGCAAUGAUGUGGGCGUUGUGCGUUUCUUUAAGGAGCGCGAUGCCGAGCUAGCCAUUGCGCUUAUGGAUGGCUCCCGUCUGGAUGGGCGCAACAUUAAAGUAACAUACUUUUAAGUCAGGCAAUUCAGUUCAAAAGUUAUUCUACGUUUCUUGUCGCCAAUUCACACUUCAAACAGCGCGAUGACCAAUGAAAUGAGCUGAUAUUCCUUAUUUGACUCGCAAUACGGAAUUAAUUUUGCACCCACUUAUUUGAAUAACUUUUAUAUAUUUUAACGCAUAAUAUUAUACCAACUAAUAUGAAUUUUGACGUUCCAAAAAAAAAAAAAUGCCCCAAUAAAACCGAAGACGCGACUCAAAUUAUUUUUAAGUCUUUGAAUUAAACGAAAUAAAGUAAUGUAAACCCUG